AAGACAGCAGAGGAAUAGUUUUGAGGUGCUGGUCCUCCGGUGGUGGGACGCAGGUGCAGCGGGGCUGACCCUCCUGCCCGGCGGGGCCGCGGCUCGUCCCACUGCGCCUGCGUCCCGCCGCACGCCGAGAGACCAACAGAGCAGCUAUUGUUAGCCGAGGAGCCGCCAGCAGACUUUAUCCCGCACUCACCAUCUACCUGCCGCACACUCUCACCCAGGAAGCCGGAACACCGGAGGCCAAGCUCGGCGACGGACACGAGCCAGUGUCCGCGGGAGGGAGGACGGAAAGGCUCGGAGGAAAGAAGGAAGUGAACACGGACGGCUCGGGACUCAACAGGUACUUCGAUGGUGUAGCGGCGGCUCGGACCUUUUGCUUUGACACGCAGGACAAACACACGGACAACAAGCAGCAAGAUGCCGCUGGGACCGUGGAAGAAGAAGAACAAGUCGACGAAGGAGCACUUGGUGGAGAACGAGGAGGUCGGCGGCGGUCACGCAGGUGCGGGGAACCCGAGUAAAUCCACCGUGAACGGAGCGGGACUCCCGCCUCCACCUGCCAACCUGCGGCCCAAGCUGGUGUUCCACACGCAGCUGGCGCACGGAAGUCCCACCGGCAGGAUCGAGGGCUUCUCCAACGUCAAGGAGCUGUACUCCAAAAUAGCCGAGGCGUUUAACAUCAGCCCGCCUGAGAUCAUGUUCUGCACACUCAACACCCACAAGAUCGACAUGGACAAGCUGCUGGGGGGCCAGAUCGGCCUGGAGGAUUUUAUCUUCGCCCACAUUAAAGGAAUCAAGAAGGAGGUAGAAGUUCAUAAAUCUGAGGACGCUCUCGGCCUCACCAUCACCGACAACGGAGCAGGCUACGCUUUCAUAAAGCGUAUCAAAGAGGGCAGUGUUGUGGACGGGGUGAAGGUGAUCUGCGUGGGCGACCACAUAGAGUGCAUUAACGGACGUAACAUCAUCGGGAUACGACAUUACGAGGUCGCCCGCAUGCUCAAAGAGCUGCCCAGAGACAAAGCCUUCACACUCAAACUGGUCGAGCCCAUGAAGGCCUUCGAAAUGCUUGAGCCCAGGUCGAAGGGUGCCAAACCUGCCAGUGACAACAAAAUCGGGACAGGGAAGGGGACGCUGAGACUCCGCUCCAAGGGCCCAGCUACUGUGGAGGAGGAGCCGACAGAGUUUGAGGAGAAGGCGGUGAAGAAAGUGGAUGACCUGCUGGAGAGCUACAUGGGCAUCAGGGACACGGAACUGGCUGCCACGAUGGUCGAGGUCGGCCGCGACAAGAAAAACCCGGACGAAUUCGCCAUGGCGUUAGACGAGACCCUCGGGGACUUUGCCUUUCCGGAUGAGUUUGUCUUCGACGUGUGGGGCGCCAUCGGUGACGCCAAGCAGGGAAGAUUUUAAGUUUUGCUCCUGCCUGUCCAAACACACACACACACACACACACACACACACACACACACACUCACACACUCACCCUCAUCUCACCCCUUCCAACCAUCAGAAGCCGACUGGACAAACUUCAUCCUGCACAAACAGCGGUGGAUGAAGUGUCCACCACCGUCACUUAGCUGUUAGCUGUAGCUUGGCACUUGGACGUCGACUUCAUUUCACAUGUCGGGGUUCGGGUGUAAUCUUGUCAAAUGAUCCAUGUCGUGUGGAAUUCCGUUUCCAGCACUGGACCGGCCUCUCGUGUACAGAGGUGUUGGUGAUUAAAUCCAGAUGUUGUAUCGAACUACGUCCCACUAUAGAGGCAGGAUCUCUGCACCUGAUGCUGUUCCUCAGUCAGACCAGCUGAAGAAGUCAACAGUGACUCAUCACGCUGGUUGUAAAUGGUACUUGCACAACUUUAAAUUGUAAAACAAUCACGCGGUUUUAAUCAUUCUUUACAGCUGUGUAACUUUGAGCAUACAGAUGUGUCACACAGCUUUUUAUAGGCUUUUUUUUUUUUAUAUGUGAAAAUGCUGCUGAUUUUCUAGCAGCAGCAUCUUAGUGUAAUUAUAGUGAUUGUAGCAAUAUUUCUGUCUGAAACAAGACCUUUUUAUUUCCCCUCUCAUCUCUGAAAUCUUUUUCGAUGACCUCAUAGUAAAGAACUAUCAGAGCGUCCACCACGCUCUCGUCAUUAACGUUAGUUUACUUUGCGAUUCUCUCUGUGCCCUUAAAUGUCUCAGCGUGAGCCUUGCGUCCAUUUGUCAGAGACUGAGCAAUAAAGAGGGUUUUGAUCUUUAAAUGCCUUUAUCAGGGUUUAACGACACAUUCCACCAACUUUCCUUAUGUUUCUCAUGCUGUUCCAGUCUGUUGACAUGUCACCAACUGAGGCAUAGUCAGAGACGCACGCUUAUUAGUUUCCUGUAAUUUAUUUUAUCGUGAAAAAUCAGAUGCUGUAAGACAUUGUCUACGCAGACACGUGGCGAGACUCGGAAGCCAUUUUGAAGGCGGCGCCUGGAAUGGGAUCAAUUGCAAAUCCAAUGUCUUAAAUAAAUGCACUCGCAUUGAUGUAACUGCACUAUUUAAAAUCACUGUCAAACUGAAUUUAAAUAGUGACUUGAUUAGUGUCAUCUGCUGAUGUUAACUGUUCACGGCAGUUGUUGUUGUUGUUUGACGAACCAUAAGGGAUCACUAUUGUUAAUAGACAAUAAAAUUUGAUAUAGUUCUA